AUGGCCAGCGAGCCCUUCGUUCGCCCCUCUCCCGAGCGGCUGUCCUGGUACAUCGCGCCCAGCGACAUCACCGACCGCUCGGCCAACCCCAUCGGUCGUGGUGGCCUUGACUCGGUCUUCACCGGCACAUACCUUGGCUCCAAGGUCGCCAUCAAGCAGCUCCUCGACACAUGCAGCACCCAUCAGCUCAAUGAAUAUCAUCACGAUAUCGAUCUUUGGCAGAAGCUCAGCCAUCCCAACGUCCUGUCCCUGCUCGGUGCCUGCGACCGGGAUGACGACGGCAAUCCGAUUCCUCCCUUCAUGGUCUCGCCCUUCAUGCCAAACGGCACCCUCCGCGACCAUGUGUCGGACCCAGCCACCCCUGUCUCCCUCGGGGAGAAGCUCCGUUUGCUCCGCCAAGUGGCUGCGGGGAUGGUGUAUCUCCAUGAACACAAUGUCGCUCAUGGCGACCUCAAGGCUGCGAAUGUCCUCCUCGACGGUGGCGUCAAUGCUGUCAUCAGUGACUUUGGGCUGUCUCGUAUCAAGCAUACAUCCGUCUCGAUAGACUCGCAUGCAGCCAAGAGUCAGACCGACGGCAGUCUCGACAACCGAACGCCAAAGACCCUCGCCGACGAGCGACCAGCUGAGUCAUCGAGAGCCGCAGAUAUCCAUGCAUUUGGCAUCUUGAUGUACGAAGUCCUGAACGACGGCAAGCCGGUCUGGGCCACUGGCGACGCGCAAGCCCGGCAUGUU